GAAGGGGCGCGCGAGUUUCGCUGAGCAGAGGUCGGAAGACAGAAAAGAUUCAGCAGAGAAGAGGGGGCGCGCGAAGUGUGCAGGGUGCCCGCUGGAGCAGGGACCACCAGGCCCACCAGGAUGGAAACUGAAUACCUGAAGAGGUGUUUUGGGAAUUGCCUGGCCCAGGCGCUGGCAGAGGUGGCAAAGAUUCAGCCCAGUGACCCCAUCGAGUACCUGGCUCACUGGCUUUAUCAUUACAGGAAAACAGCGAAAGCGAAAGAAAAGGAAAGGCAAGAGAAGAUCCAGCUGCAGCAAGAAUAUGAUAAUAGCCUCAAAGAAACCAAAAUGGCAGAAAUGCUGAAGCAGGAAGAGUAUGAGAUUCAGCAGAAGUAUGAAAGGUGUCACCAGGAAAACCCACCACCAUCGUCAUGCGACUGAAGCUAGAAACCUGGCAGCCAUCGUGGAUUUCCCCUGCCUCCACCCUCCUCAUCCUAUUCAGUGACCAAAUUCUCAAGUUUACUUUAAAAUUUUUUCUUGUAUCACAUGAGGCAGUACAGGGUAGUGGUUAAAC